AUGGCCUUUGCAGCUUCCCUGGCCAAGCUCCAAGCAGAGGCCAGCUGUCCCAUCUGCCUGGAUUACCUGAGAGACCCAGUGACCACUGAGUGUGGGCACAACUUCUGUUCCUCCUGCAUCCACCAGCGCUGGGAAGGUCUACAGGACACCUUUCCCUGUCCUGUCUGCCUCCACCACUGCCCUGACAGGAGCUUGGAGAGGAACACCCAAUUAUGUCACAUGACUGAGAUUGUUCAGCAGAUCCCCACCUCAGGGAGCCAGAGGAAAAUGCAGGAAGAAAUACCCCUGUGUGCGAAGCACAAUGAGGUUCUUCAGCGGGGGAUGUUCAAAAGGUAUAUGGCAGCCCUCACUAGUCACUUCGAAAAUGUUGAAAAGGCAUAUAACAGCCAAGUUGCAAAUACUUGUAAAGUGAAGGAAAAGAUGGGAAAAUGGAGGGAGGAAUUUGACUAUGAAUGCAAAGUACUUAACUCUUUCUUGGAAAUAGAGUUCGAUGAAAUUGAUAACCAUCUGCUUAGAGAAGAGAAUGAUGUUGCAGAAAAACUAAUUGAAAAUGGAAAGCAAAUUUCAUACCAUAUGUUCAGGCUAAACAUUCUGUUAAGUAAAAUAGAAGAGAAGUGUUUGCAGACAGAUGAGGAUUUACUCACAGGUAUUGAAAGGAUCCACAACGGGUAUGGAAACCUAGAGACCCCAGCAGUGUUUUCAUGUGAAUUACCAAAGGAGAUUUUCACUCUCCCCCCACAUUACUUGGGCCUGCAUAAAAUGAUGGGCACCUUUCAGGUAGAGUUGACACUGGAUCCUGAAACUGCCCAUCCAGAACUCAUUAUGUCAAGUGAUAGAAAAAGUGUGUCCUAUAGGAGACCAGAUGGUCUUCCUAAUCCCCAGGCACUUACUUCUUCCCCAGCUGUCCUGAGUUCUGAGGGAUUUGAUGCUGGCAGGCAUUUUUGGGUGGUAAACAUAGGAGGCACAGGUUUAUAUUACUUAGGUGUGUGUAAAGCAUCUUUCCCCAGAAAUACUUUCAUAUCACCAUCAGCAAGCAACGGAUGCUGGCAACAUCAGCUCUGGAAUCGUAGUGGACAACAGAAAAUUGGCGUUUUUCUGGACUAUGAGUUAGGAGAGGUUUCAUUUUAUAAUUUGAAUAACUGGACAUACAUGUUUAGAAUCGCUGAUACAUUUACAGAAAAAAUUAUUCCUUAUUUCUCCAUUGCAUCUUCUUCAGAAUCUCUUUCAAUCAGUAUCAGCAGAGUCUACGAUGACAAUUUGUAUGAAAUUUUGUAUGUGCUUAUUUCCUCCCAUGUUAUUUAA